GCGACUUGGACCGGCCACCAGAGGCCGAUGGCUGAGUCGGCAGCGUCGGGGCGCCGGGGCCGAGUCCCCGCCGUGAGCCUGGGCACGGAGGAGCCCGCCUCGGAGACAGGAGAUGACAGUCUGUCUGCGAUCACCUUCGAUUCUGACACUGAGCUGAAAACAGAAAGGAAAGUCUCCCACAAGCCUCUGUCCACCUCACCCAAGUCACCUUACUACAGCAAGCCUCGGAAAAUGACGUCCUGGCGGUCCCUGCGAACCACAGGGGGGAUGCCUCUGAGCAGCAGGCUGUCCCAGACACCGCCGAAGCUCUGGCUGGGCGCUGCUAAACAAGGCCACACCCCAGGAAUCACCAUCUACAGAGAGAAAGAAGACAUGUACGACGAGAUCACCGAGCUGAAGAAGUUGCUGCACAUGCAGAAAAACGACGUGGACCUGAUGAGGACGAAGCUGCGGCGCUUGGAAGAAGAAAACAACAGGAAAGACCGGCAGAUAGAGCAGCUGCUGGACCCAGGGCGGGGCUCUGACUUCAUCCGGACUCUGGCAGACAAGAGGCCUGAUUCUGGCUGGGUCAUCACUGGGCUCAAGCAGAGGAUCUUCCGGCUGGAACAGCAGUGCAAGGAAAAGGACGGCACUAUCAGCAAACUUCAGGCAGACAUGAAGACUACCAACCUGGAGGAAAUGCGGAUCGCCAUGGAGACCUACGACGAGGAGAUCCACCGUCUCCAGACUCUGCUGGCGAGCUCCGAAGCAUCAGGGAAGAAGCCCUUGAUGGAGAAGCCUGGCCUGAAAAGACAGAGGAAGAUGAGCAGCGCCCUGCUGAACCUGUCCCGCAGCGUCCAGGAGCUGACCGAAGAGAACCAGAGCUUGAAGGAAGACCUGGACCGCGUGCUAAGCAACUCGCCCACCGUCUCCAAAACAAAGAGUUAUGUGGACUGGAGCAAGCCCCGGCUGCUGAGACGCAUUGCGGAACUGGAAAGGAAACUGAGUUCGCAAGAGGGUGUAAAGCUCCCAACCACAGAGCUGGCGAGGCUGAAUCCUCUGCCCCCGUCCACGUCUAGCACGUCUGUGCACAAGCUACCAAAAGCUCCACCACCGCCUCCACCGCAGCCACCACCACCAUCGGAGGAGCCGGAGCCCCUGCAGGAGGCCAUGCGAGAGCUGCGGCAGGAGCGCAGCUGGCUGCGGGGACAGCUGCUGGAGUUCGAGGUGGAAGUGAAGCAGCUGCUGCACACGAAGGCCAGCCUGGAGCAGGAGCUAGAGAAGGCCAGGAAGGAGGAGCAGAAGCAAUGGGAACGUGAGCAGGCUCUGCAAGAGGAGAUUCAAACGCUGACCAGGAAGUGUCAAGAGCUAGAAGAAACUAAGAGAGAAGAGACACAUGUUCCACUGGACGUGGCUCCCAUGGACGUGGCUUCCAUGGGUGAGGUUCCUAUUGACCUGUCUCCCGUGGACCUGUCUCCCGUGGACCUGUCUCCCGUGGACCUGUCUCCUGUGGACCUGUCUCCCAUGGAUGAAGCUUCCAUAGUCCUGACUCCUGAGGAUGUCACUUCAGUGGAUGCAGCUCCUGUGGACUUGGCUCCCGUGGACCUGGUCACUGAGGACCCCGAGUUGCUCCUCUCGCCCUCACCUUGCAGCGAGCACUCGCACCCUGACUUAGAGCUGGAUUCUUGCAGCGAGGAGGGGCAGGAGGGCUGCCCUGAGUCCCUGGGCCCUGACCCCAUUCCCAGCCCCUGCUCUGACAGGAGAGAGGUCGCUGCCAGGACCCUGCAGGCCUGGUGGAAGGCCCACCAGCAGCAGAGAAGAAAAGUUAUUCUGGAUGAGGCGACCGUAGCGCUGCAGGUGGCUUUCAGGGGACACCUUGCGCGGGCCAGGCUGCUCUCCAGACACACACACGAUUCCAUAUCGCCCCCCGUGCCAGACGUGCAGGACCAGCACCCUCCGGAGCCCCGAGUCCCGAGCCCCACCCCUCAGACUGAGGCUAGCCCAGGCCAAGAGGAGGCUAUCACCAUCAUCCAGUCCGCCCUCCGGGGGCACCUGGCCAGGGACAGGUACAGUGCCACCAGCAAAGGGACAGCCACUACCGUGUCUCCAAGGAAAGCUGACCAGGCCACACUCUCAGAGGCUACCUCCCUGCCCUCCUUCCAGGUUUCUCCUGAUAAGGAGCAGAGCGAAAUGAGCAGUGAGGAGACCACAGAGGAUGAACCCCAGCCCAGGUCCGGGGAGACGCCAGGCCCACAGCUGCUCUCUGCCGAGCCCUUUCCUCCAGACCCACAGCCCACCUCACCCCUGCCUGUGGACGACAGCACCUCUGACUCUGAUGAUGACAUCAUCAUCGCGCCCUCUCUGCCCAUGAAGAAUAACUCCUCCCCCUUCUAGGCCCCAGCUCCUGUCUCCAGGCCAAGGGCUGCCAGGACAGGCCAGGGGCAAAGGACAAGGCGUGCUCUGGGGAAGCUGGCACUGGAGAGACAGAACAGCCUGCGUCCCACCCGCAGCCGCACCUCAGCGCGCUCCUGCCAUUCUAUUCUCCCUUUGAGGGUCCCUGCCAGUACUGCCUUUCUGUGGAGAAGGCCCGGUGGCCACCUCCCACCUCACUCCACUCUGGCUGCAGUUCAGAACUUUGUCCCAGAAUCCGGAGCCGCAGGGCGUCCUGCAAAGACCAGUCAGGCAGCACUUUUCUACCUGCCCUUGACCUGUGUGACCCGGGAGGAGCAUCAUUAUCCCAGCCAAUGCUGUAAUAGCAUCACUAGCCAGGACCUCUGACCUCUCCCAGCAGACAAAUGCUUUUAGGGGAGUGAGUGGAACUCCCCACCCCUCCCCCACCCCUGCCUCUCUACUCAUCACUCCUGCCGCAGCAAGCCCACUUCACAGGCUAGGCAAAGCCACACACACACACACACACACACACACAUGUCCCCAGAUGAGCUCCUUGCCACCCCCUCCCUGUGGGCACUGCCCUUUGUAGGCAGGAUUGUGGGUGGGACCUGCCAUGGUGGGCGAACACUACAAGAAUACAGAGCAUCACUGUGACUGCGAGAUCAGCAGUGGGGGGGAGGGGGUCACCCUACAGGAAGGCAGGGCCAAGAGGUGGCCGUUGCCUAGGGACAGCUCCUGUAUCCUAGGCUAAUGCCACACCACCUGGACCUUCAGAAGCCAGCAGCUCCUAUGAGGAGCCCAGAGCUUCAGUCCUGACAUCAGCCAGGGAGAAAAGGGGAGGACUCAGAUAUGCUCAAGGCUGAGCAGCCGCACAUAUAGCCCAGGCCCUGUGGCCCAGUCCCCACAGAGCUCUCCAGAGGCUCCACAGAGGCUGACAAGCCUCUCGGGACAACUUAGGGCACACUGGACUCCUCUGGCCCCUUGGAUGGGUGCCCCUGGCUAUUUGGGAAUGGGAGCCUCAGGGAGGGAGGCCAGGAAGGGGGAGGUCCAACUGCCCAGCUGUGCCCUGGGAUGGGCCCAGGCACAGCUGAAAGGCGCGCCCAUGCCACCCUUAAAAGCACUAGAGGGUGACAUGGUGGCGCUGCAGUGUCUAGCGCUGCUGGAGGGGCCUCGGCUCUGUCACAGCCACUCUGCCCUAAGCUAUGGGUGACAAAGCCAGGGGAAGUUUAACCUCAGGACACCCUUGCUCAGGCAGAUUCGCACUCUUCCGCUUCCGGAGAGGGGGCUCAGGGCAGGGCUUAGGCCUUAGGCAAGUCUGCACGUCUCUAGGUCCUGCAGCCUGACUAGGUGUCUGGCCCAGGGUAGAGGGAGGAAGAGGUCAGGUUUGGCCCUGGACCUAUGACCUGACCUGUCGGUACCUGAUCCAGUGCAGAAGGAGAAGGUCAGGCAUGGCCCAAGGCUUGAGUUUUCCCCAGAACUGUAAAUAUGUACAUGUCCCUGGCUGUCUCUGGCCCAGUGCUGUUACCUAUGCAAACAUUCCAUCCUGAAGCUACCUCAAUAAAUGACCGUACCUCAAGCCUGUACUUCAGUUGAUGACCAGUGCUGGGGGUCAUCCAUGCCCGGUUACUGGGAGUAUCUCCAG